CGCCUCUGACAGUGAAGAUCUUCGUUUAGGAGGAGUUUGUGACUCCUGUAGCUCCUGGGACCUUUUCCAAAACGUUUUCACAACGUGAGAGUUGGGCUGAGCAGCAACUAUUACUGAGACGCGUGGAGAGUUUUGGUCGCGCAAAGUUCGGUCUCCUGGCCAAGUAAACACUCUCUGGGAAAUGAGCCAAACCAGCCGACAGUUGCCUUGUGGCAGAAUUUGUCCAGGGGGGGAGAACAUAAAGCCAGGCGACGCUGUGAGCGCCCCCAGCAUGGCGCUAAAAACUGAAGAAAGUCGUUUCUAUUUGACCAAACACUCAACAGGAAACGGUGGCGGCAAUGAGGACGCAAACAUUUACGGAUCCGGGCACAUUAAUUCGACAGCCUGUGACAUGGAAAACCACUGCUGUCUAACAGGUGCCGCUCCUCAGGAGGAGUUGUUAAACGCUGGAUGCCGUGUGGGUGACAGUCGCUCUGUUUCUGCCUGCGCCACAAUCUCAGAAACUGCCAGGGAGCUCUGCAAAGCUGUGUCAGUGUCGCUGGGACUGACCCUGGAGUCCAGCGAUUCCAGUGACAUGGACUCUGCUGGCCCCAUGUGUGUCGCACAUGACCAAAUGUCAGGAUUAUACGGAGUCGGAGCCGUGCCUCUGAGCUGUCCUGGAGCCCAGGCUGCUGUUACAAAGUACAGGUGCUCCGAGCGGGAUGACCGGCCCCUGCCUGGCCAGAAGCAACUGGUGGAAAUGUUCAGAAGUUCAGAGACUCGGACAUCUGUGGAUGAGCAAAACUUCCCGCUGUGCGAAAAUGAUGACAUAACUUCAAAGGGGAUAGACCACCUGGACACGGUGUAUGCCCAAUCCGUGCCAGACAGCCUGGAGCACUUCGGCCUAGAGAGGCCGUGCAGAGUCUACAAACCCCCCGAGGAAGCCACAGACUUCGGGGAAACUAUGGAGCACAAUUUCUUCGGUUAUCAGCCCGAGCAAUACACUGUCAAAGUUAAAUCAGAGGACAUGAACUGCGACUCAGUCGAGGCGUUGUGGGGCAGAAAUUACACAUUUAAUGAGAAGUACAACUCUCAGUUUUGGGGAUCGAGGCAGCGCAUGAAUGCGCACAGCUCAAGAGCGAGCACCGCGCUCAUAUGCAGCCCGUACGAGAGGAGCGCCGUGCGUCCCGAGCAGUGGUACCCAGCUGGGAUGCUGAGGACGCCCUGUCCCAACAACUACAUCAAGACUGAAGUCGGAGAAUGGCUGGAUGUCAGCUACAACGACACGAGGUAUGAGGCCAGCAGAGAGCAUAUGUUCCCGAUGGAGUUCUUCUUUCCACCACAGAGGACGUGCCUGAUCUGUUCGGAUGAGGCAUCCGGCUGUCAUUAUGGUGCACUUACCUGUGGCAGCUGCAAGGUUUUCUUCAAAAGAGCUGCAGAGGGCAAACAGAAGUACCUUUGUGCAAGCAAAAAUGACUGCACUAUUGAUAAGCUACGAAGAAAGAAUUGCCCGUCUUGUCGGCUGAGGAAGUGUUUUGAAGCUGGAAUGACUCUUGGAGCACGCAAACUAAAGAAGAUUGGUCAACAGAAAAACCCUGAGGAGGAUCAUCACGUUCAUGACCCUCCAGAAGCUAUGCAGAACAUCUCUCCUAAAUCAGGCCUAAACUUAAACUCCCAGCUGGUCUUUCUCAACAUCCUGGAGUCCAUUGAGCCCGAGGUGGUGAACGCAGGACAUGACCACGGCCAGCCAGACUCAGCUGCCACGCUGCUCACCAGUCUCAAUGAGCUCGGAGAGAGACAACUGGUCAAAGUGGUCAAAUGGGCAAAAGGAUUGCCAGGUUUCAGGAAUCUCCAUGUGGAUGACCAAAUGACCGUUAUUCAGCAUUCAUGGAUGGGGGUGAUGGUGUUUGCCUUGGGAUGGAGGUCCUACAAGAAUGUUGACGGCAGGAUGCUUUACUUUGCUCCUGAUCUUGUGUUCAACGAAAAUCGGAUGCACAUUUCCAGCAUGUAUGAGCACUGCAUACGGAUGAGGCAUCUUUCACAGGAGUUUGUGCUGCUGCAGAUCACCCAGGAGGAGUUCCUCUGCAUGAAGGCCUUGCUCCUCUUCAGCAUCAUUCCAGUUGAGGGUCUGAAGAGUCAGAAGUACUUCGAUGAAUUGCGUCUCUCCUACAUCAACGAACUUGAUCGCCUCAUUAGCUAUCGAAUUGCAACCAAUUGUUCUCAGAGGUUCUACCAACUUACCCGACUCCUGGACUCUCUACAGAUGACAGUAAAGAAGCUCCAUCAGUUUACAUUUGACCUUUUUGUCCAGGCUCAGUCACUCCCCACAAAGGUCAGCUUUCCAGAGAUGAUAGGAGAAAUAAUUUCAGUACAUGUACCAAAGAUCUUGGCAGGUUUGGCUAAACCAAUUUUGUUUCAUGAAUAGAUGGAUUUCUGUUUUAUCAAAAAGGGACUCAUCUUUGCUGCCUCUUUACCGAAGGCUUUGUACUGUUUCCCCACAUCUAAUAGCGCUUACCCCUUUUCCUGUAAUCAUUAUUUUCCCCUUUUAGCCAUAAUCGAAAUAACUUGUUCUGAACUGUUGAAGCUUUUUAUCUGAAAUGCUGCAGUGCAUUACUGGUUGACAUCACUGCUGUUUCCAAGUGGAGAGUCUGUGUUUUAAGUCAGAACAGAGAUGCUACUUUACAUGUCUGUAAAUCAGAUUACAGCAUCAUGAAAGUAGCAGGGUUAAAAACAUUAAGUUUCACAUUUGACCCUCAUUAUAAAUACACUUGACAAGGUACUUAUGUAUACUUCAAUAACAAGAGAUGACCAAAGUAGCAGAUAGGAAUUCAAUCACAACAAAUACUUGCUUUCCUAUUAACUCACCAAAACCUGUUUUUAUAAUUGCACCUUCUGAGUUUCUACUUGAAAAACUGAAUGUGGUAAAUACGACUUGGGAGGCGUUCAAGUGCUGAAGUGCCUUGAUGUGAUAAUCUCUGAUUUGUUUUAAAAAGUCACACAAUUUCAUUUUAAUAUCAUUCUUAUUAAAGGUCAAAACCUCAAAGUGUUGACGAAAUAUAAUAAGAAAGUACCAAAAUAUUAGAAGUCAGUUGUGUGGCAUUAAAUUGUGUCACCUUACAUUGUAAAGAUGCCUGGAUCAUUGUUAUGACAAUCAGUGUAGUUGCACGUAUUGCAACUGUAAAACACAAAGUAUAUGUGGCAAAUUUUACUAUGUGUGCUGUGAAUCAAAAAUAUUAGAUCUGUCCCAAAAACUGUUUUCCUGUUGAGUGAAUAGGCAGGAGUGUUUUUGCUGCAGGUGGGUAAUUAAGGAUAAAGCCUGCUGUGUGAACAUGUGUUAUCUGAAUUAGAAACAAAAUGCAAAAAAAAAAAAGAUUAUGAAAGUACAAAUCAAGCUGAGUAGUGGUUAUUGAUGUGGAAAUGCAACAAUGUAAUAAUUAAUUACACAUCAUUGUUGCAGGGUUGCAGAAAAUUCCCUCCCAGUUGUAUUUACUGCUUCUUUGGGUUGUCAGUUUGUACUCAACGCAAAUGUUGUGUCAGGUAAAAGCCACACAACCAAAACCUCAAAUUCUCUAUUUUAUGCAUAAAGGAAUAUUUCACCUGAUCAUUACUAUGUGCUCUUAUGUACCUCUGAAAUUAAAUAUCAUACCUGAUCUUAUAAAGUACAGCAUAAUGAAGAAUUUCAGCAAAGUGACAGGUAUUAAAAAAACAGCCUAAGUUACAGUACAUACUAUCUGUAACUCUUACACUAUUCUACACGCUUGUUAUUCGUAUAAAAGAUUGCUUUAAAGAUAAAGUACUUCAGCAUUUACACAUGUGGUCUUCACACAGUACAUUAUCCUUCUUUGACUGAGCCAGCACGACACAAUGCAGGCGUCCACACAAUACACUGCAUGCUCAUUGUCACUGGUCUGCACUUCAAAUCUUUUUUCACCAGGCUGGCAGCAAAUGUGUAAAGAGCUGUUUUCCUGUUGUUAUUCAUUUUAAAGCAUUAAAAUACUUAUAUGUAGUGUGAUAACUUGUUAAAACAGGUACUUUGUUUAGAAGUAUUGAUACUUUACUUCUCCACUGCACAGCUUCACAAUCACCUUUUUAAAAGAAACUGAAUUAAACAUCACAAUCCAAUACAAAGGUAAUAUAAAUUUGUUUUUGGUAAAUGUUGCAUGAAAAUUCAGAUUGAUAAUGCAACUAAUCUCACCACAGAAAUAUUGUGUCCUUUUUCUGCAUGUCUUUAGAUAUAAUGCCUUUAGAAAAUGUUGAACCCCCAUCAGAUUAUGUUUGCAUUUAAUGUCAUGUGGCAAAUGACAAGUUUGAAGCAAAAGAUGAAUGGAUAAAACUGAAAUAGUUAUCAGCCACAGUGCACAGCUCUUCGCUCGUCUACCACCUGCUCGACAACACGUUGUGACAGCGUCGUGCUGUGAACAGCAAGCUCCAGCAGCGGGGACCAAAAGACUUGUACAGACACAAGGGAGAAAGGAUGGCACCAAAUACACACAAAUGCUCAUUCAGAGUGCCAGAGAUCUUAGAUUAGGGCAGAAAUGUUCCAACAGGACAACAAAUAGAAACUUAGAGCCAACUCAAAACUGAACGGGCUUCAAAUGUAGAAUGUGGAAGUCCUUGACUGCCAAACCUCGGAGAUAAACACAGAGGAAAAAUCUACGGAAUGCCUUGAAGAUAACUCAUCACAGACACUUGAGCAAAACCGUUCAAGACAUUCAUUGAGUUGAAGACAAUUGUUAGUUUUUGCAUCCAUUUCUGUGCAUACAACUUGGUAUAUUUGACACAGUACGUCAUUUAGACUGAAAUAGUGCUCUACUUUCAGCAGAUGACCUAUUAACCUACAAAAAAAAAAAUUCUAAAAUUUCUGUGAGUUUUUCAUGAUCCAACAAAAACAAAACUUCAAAUUGACUUCUGAGGUGUAUUCUGCAUCAUCCUACAAAAGAAAGUUUUACAACCCUGUAAAUUCAAUGCUUUUUUAAAAGCUUGUUGAUGCAUGCAUCAUGUGUUUGUAAGAUUGUAUUUGUACUUCUGAUUUGUAGCUUUACAGAAAGCAAUGCAUGGACAUCCAUAUAUCUAUCCAAUAACCUGUUUAUUGAACACUCAGUGAUGGUGUCAUCUUUGCUCAAUGUGUCUAUCAGACAGCAUGAUAACAUUUUAUUGUACAAAGUACAGUUAUAUGUUGACUCUGAUAGUCAGUUUAACAGUUUUUUGUAACGGAUUCCUUCAUCUGCACGAAUGAAUGUCCUCAUAUCUUCAUCUUGACUGACUUUUCAAUAAAUGUAUCUGCUGUCAUGUGAGGGAGAAUUAAACAGCAGUUCAAUAUAAACAAGAACCCAAAUGACAUAUUUUACAUUUGAAAAAACAUUUUAAAAAAGAGUUUUAGUAUCAGAAGUUUUGAUCAAAUGCAAAAAAAUCUGAAUUUCAGAAUUCCUUCUUCUCAUAUCCUGAAUGCACUAUGCUGUAAGAUAACAUUACAUUUUGUUAAUGUUUAUUCUUCAAAUUGAUGAUUUUGUUUAGUUAAUGCUGUUGUAGCUUUAUUAUACAUUUAACAGGAGUGGAUUGGGAGUUGAGGGUGGGGGCGUAUGAAGGUAUCAUCAGUGCCAGUGCAUCAUGCACUUCUAUGAGCCCCCUACAUAUCAAUGCCCUGUACAUUUUUAACGCUAAUGUUUCAUCCCACUAGCCUACAGUGUUUGUAUGAUGUCAGUGGACAAUAGCUAGUAUGUGCCUAAUGCACUGCAUAUUCACCUGGUUCUUUGUACAUGUUCCAGUAACUGUAUAUAUAUUGAUUAGUCCAGUGUCUGUUUUUGUGUUCGAACACUUGACUUUUAAGGUCAUCUCUUGUAUGAUUUAUACUUUUUGUGAUCUGUGUGUUUUUCAAUAUGUAUGUUUUUUUAAAAAGGUGUAAAGCUGCAUCAUCUUUUAAAAGCAAUUAAAAUUAUUCUGACUCUGAAG